AUGGACCUGAUGCCAGACUUUUCCUUAGAAACCUGGGUUCUCGCGGCUACCAUCCUGGCAUUCCUGUAUCUAUAUGGCACCUCUACACAUGGCCUUUUUAAGAAGCUGGGCAUUCCUGGGCCAACACCGUUGCCUUUCCUAGGUAAUAUCAUGGGCUACCGCAAGGGUGUGUGUGAUUUUGACAUGAAAUGUUAUAAAAAAUAUGGAAAUAUGUGGGGAUUGUUUGAUGGUCGGCAGCCUGUGCUGGUCAUCACUGAUCCAGAGAUGAUAAAAACAGUGCUGGUGAAAGAAUGUUACUCUGUCUUCACAAACCGGCGGUCUUUUGGACCAGUGGGAUUUAUGAAAUACACCCUCGCCAACUCUAAGGAUGAAGAAUGGAAGAGACUUAGAGCACUGGUGUCUCCUACCUACACUAGUGGAAAACUCAAGGAGAUGUUACCCAUCAUUGCCCAUUAUGGAGAAGUGUUGGUGAAAAACCUGAGUCAGGAAGCAGAGAAAGGCAAGCCCAUCAACUUAAAAGAAAUCCUUGGGGCAUACAGCAUGGAUGUGAUCACUGCAACAUCAUUUGGAGUGAACAUUGAUUCCCUUAGAAACCCACAGGAUCCGUUCUUGAAAAAUGUCAGGAGGCUAUUAAAUGUUACUUUGUUUAGUCCUUUACUUUUCUCAGCAACACUCUUUCCUUUUCUCACCCCAGUGUAUGAAGCAUUGAAUAUCACUAGGCAUUCCAGAGAUGUUACAGAGUUUUUGAAAACAUCUGUUGAAAAGAUUAAAGAAGAUCGCCUCAAAGACAAGAAAAAGCACCGAGUGGAUUUACUGCAACUGAUGAUUAACUCCCAGAAUUCCAAAGAAGUUAAUUCCUACAAAGCUCUGACUGAUGCAGAACUUGUAGCCCAGUCAAUCAGCUUUCUUUUUGCUGGCUAUGAGACCACUAGCAAUGCUCUUUCUUUCAUCAUGUAUUUAUUGGCCACUCACUCUCAUGUCCAGCAGAAACUGCAGCAGGAGGUUGAUUCAGCUUUUUCCAAUAAGGUACUUGUCACAUAUGAUGCCAUCAUGCAGAUGGAAUAUCUGGACAUGGUGGUGAAUGAAACUCUCAGAUUAUACCCAGUUGGUGGCAGAUUUGAGAGAGUCUGCAAGAAAGAUGUUGAAAUCAAUGGAGCAUUCAUUCCCAAAGGGACAAUUGUGGCAAUUCCGGUCUAUGCCCUUCACCAAGAUCCGAAGUUGUGGACAGAGCCUAAUGAAUUCCGCCCUGAAAGGUAG